CGCAUCCAAAUUGAAUAAUAUUGUUGUUCGUUUUUGUUUUACUGUUUGCAUCAACAUCCAUAAUGUCCGAUAAUAAUGAUAAUAAUGAACAGAGACCACGUUUGGAAAAACAACAAAGUUGUGAUGAUAAUAGUGGUGGACGUAAAGAUUCAAUCAGUUCACAUACACCACCACCAUCACAUUCACCUGGUGGUGAAGUAAUUCUUAAAACAAAAGGAAAAUCAUCAGGUUCUCGAAGAGGAUCAACAACAUUUUUAACCAGUGAUGAUAAUAUUAUUAUGGCAUUUGGUUCUGGUCGCCGGUUAUCUUCAUUUUGUACAACAUCAUCAUAUGAAGAUACAGCCAUAUCAAUUGGUGAUGAACCAUUUACCGAAGAAGAAAUAUCCGAAACAAUACGUGCACAUAAACAGAUUAUUGCAACAAUGAAACAUCAAAAUUGGCCAAUGUAUCGUAAAUUAAAGGUAUUGAAUCGUGCAAAACAUUAUGUCAAAAAACAUGAAGGAGAAUUGAAACAAUCAAAACAAGCUAAAGAUUUGGUUGCCAAAUGGAAAGUCUACAUGGAAAGGAGCAUCAAUCGUAUUAAACGUGAAUUGGCCAAUUUGAUUGUGGUCAUUACGCCUUGGGAAAUGCGAAUCAAAAAAAUUGAAAGCCAUUUUGGUUCAGGAGUUGCAUCGUAUUUUAUAUUUCUUCGUUGGGUUUUCUGGGUGAAUAUCUUUAUCAGUGUAUUUAUUUGCUGUUUUCUAAUGGUACCGGAGGUUUUACGCGGUGAUCCAGAUCCUACCGGUAUGCGAAAAGAAGUUGAAGAUGCUGAAGAAUCGCUUAAAUUACAGGCCAUCUGGGAUUUUGAGGGAUAUCUAAAAUAUUCUCCCAUUUUCUAUGGAUAUUAUAGUAAAACUGAAAUGACUAGUGAAGGUUUUCGUUUACCAUUGGCAUAUUUUCUCACUACAUUUUCACUUUAUAUGUUUAGCUUUUUUUGUAUUCUACGCAAAAUGGCACAAAAUUCACGUAUGAGUCGUGUUGCAAGCAAAGAUGAUGAAUUUACAUUCUGUUGGAAAGUAUUUACCGGUUGGGAUUAUAUGAUUGGUAAUAGUGAAACGGCUUAUAAUAAAGUUGCAUCAUUAGUUAUGAGUUUAAAAGAAUCAAUACUUGAAGAAAAAGAACGUAAAAAAGAAGAAAGAAAUUGGAAAUUAAUUGCUAUUCGUAUUUUGACUAACAUUAUGGUUUUAUCAUUAUUAGCAUCAUCAGCUUAUGGUGUUGUAUUAGUAGUGGAUAGAUCACAAGAACCGAUUGAAAAUCCAUCAUGGUUACGUGCAAAUGAAGUAACAUUAGUAUUUGCCGGUAUUGGUAUUGUAUUUCCAAAUAUAUUCGAUUGGAUUGGUAAUAUGGAACAAUUUCAUCCUAGAAUUGCAUUACGAUGGCAACUUGGAAGAAUUUUGAUUCUAAAUUUUUUAAACAUGUAUACAUUAAUGUUAUCAUUAUUUGGAAAAGUUGAUUCAAUGACAACACAAUUAUUGGAAAUCAAAGCAAAUAUUACGAUGCAAAAAAUGCAAUUGAAUACAAUUGCAUUGACCACUAUGGCCACCUAUAAUCGUAUCAAACGUGAUGGUCGUGAUGAAUAUGAAGAUUAUGAUGAAAAUCAAAAUGAUGAUUAUAUUAUGAUGAUGAUAACAAAUACACCAUCAAUCAUUUAUGAUCCAUAUGAGAUUCAAUCUCGUAAAAAACCGGAUUUUUCUAUCGAAGGACGUUAUCAUUUCAAUACUGAUCCUGAAUUUGAAAAUAAUGAAUGGCAUACGACAACCGAUAAAACGGUUGUUUGGCAAAAUUUAGAAACAACCACCAUGCCGACCACAAUAAUAAUGACAGCGAAUGAAACUUUUGUGACAGAUGACCAUCGAUAUAAAUCGAAUAUAACAACUACAUUAGCUAUGCCGUCAACAGCCAUCAAAUUGAACGAUUCAUCAUCAUUGCCAUCACGAACCACUCAGCCAAUAACAUCAUCAUCAUCAUCAUCGACAAUGACAACAACCGGAUCAACAUUAUCACCAAUACGUAUAGCUGGUAAUAAUUUAGGCCGUAAAAGACCCGGAAUUCGUUAUAAAUUUGGACAGCCAACAAUAACAACCACAACGGAAAUGAUUACCGAACAAGUGUUUACUAUUAUACCGGCUGAUAUGGUGAUUAAUUCUUGUCAGAAUAAUACCGAAUAUAUAAUUACCGAUGAAGAUCUUAUUGCUUUGAAUGAAACGGAAAAAGAUCGAUUAAGAAAAUUAUGUUGGGAAACAAUGUUCGGACAAGAAUUAGUUAAAUUAACUGUUAUGGAUUUUGUAUUGACAGUAAUAUCAACAUUGAUUAGUGAUUUUAUACGUGCAUUAAUUGUUCGAUAUUGUAAUGGUUGUACUUGUAUUUGUUGGGAUCUGGAAAAAGGUUUUCCGGGUUAUGGUGAUUUUAAAAUUGCCGAAAAUAUUCUACAUUUAGUCAAUAACCAGGGUGUUAUUUGGUUGGGAAUGUUUUUUUCACCUGGAUUACCGGCAAUUAAUUCAAUCAAAUUAUGUCUUCUUAUGUAUGUUAGAUCAUGGGCAGUAUUAACCUGUAAUAUACCACAUGAAACCGUAUUUAAAGCAUCAAGAAAUAAUAAUUUCUAUUUUAUGUUAUUAUUACUAAUGCUAUUCCUAUGUACAUUACCGGUUAGUUAUGCUGUUGUUUGGUUAGAACCAUCAUGGCAUUGUGGUCCAUUCAGUGGUUAUCAACGUAUCUAUAAAAUUCUAAGCACUUAUAUUGAAUCAAAAUUACCAAAAACAUUAAACAAAAUACUUGAUUAUCUUACAUCACCUGGUGCUGUUUUACCUACAAUUUUACUAUUAGUUUUAUUUAUUUAUUAUCUAUUAUCAUCAGUAUCAGCAUUAAAAGAUGCAAAUAAAGAACUUAAAUCACAAGUACGUAAAGAAAAAGAUAUUUCUGAAACUGGACCACCCGAAAUGAUUGUUACAUCAGAUCCGGGUGUUGCUGCAACCACAAGUAAACAUGUACGAAUACAAGAAGAUGAUCAACACCAACAACAAUCGAAAAUUGCUACCAUUAAUGGACAAUCAGUACCACCGAAUCUUUUGAUGGACAGUUUGGAUACAACUAGUGAAAUUUAAAAAUGACAACUGAAAAAAAAUGAAUUGGACAUCGACGAAGAAGAAAAGAAAAAGCUGUUAAUAACAAAUCAAAUCGAUCGAUCGAUUUUCUAUUC